AUGUUCAAUAGUGGUGUGGUAAUUUUAGCAGCCGUUGCACUUGCGUUGUGUGCUUCCCCUACUAAAAAACCACGCCCCCGCCCAGACGGAAGAAUUGUUGAAGGUGAUGUCGCCAACAUAGAGAACUACCCCUACCAACUUUCACUUCUUUACGAGGGAGAUCACACUUGUGGUGCUUCCAUAAUUGACAGAAGAUGGGCCCUAACAGCCGCACAUUGCACAGAUGGAAUCCCAGCCACUCGCUUCACCGUUAGGGCCGGAUCGUCUCUGCUAGGAACAGGCGGCCAACUGAUUAAAGUCAAACACGUUCAUCAGCACCCUGGCUUCGACUUUUCCGACAUGGACUUCGACAUAGCGGUUUUGGAGCUGGAAGAAGACAUCCAAUUCACCAAAACGGCGUCGCCAAUACAACUAGUGGACGCCAACGUCAAAUACCCCGCUGGUUCUGAAGCAAUAGUGACCGGUUGGGGACUGCUAGACCAAGACUUCCACCUCCUCCCUACUUACCUUCAAGUGGUGAAGGUCCCCAUCGUCAGCAACGAAGAAUGCGCCAAAGCUUACGGAGAUUUGUUAACAGACCGGAUGAUCUGCGCUGGGUAUAAGGAAGGAGGGAAGGAUUCCUGUCAAGGGGACUCGGGUGGUCCUUUCGUGGUGGCUGGGAAACUUGUGGGUAUUGUUUCCUGGGGAUACGGAUGCGCAGUACCCAAGAUUCCUGGAGUGUACACUGAUGUGGCUGCUUUGAGAGAUUUUGUGACUGAUGUGACUAAAAUAUAAUG